CUGGAAAUAUUUCCGUCUCUGCCGAUCCGUGCUGGUCGUCGACUCGGUCAGUUCAAGGUCUCAUCGCUGACACCCUCCCACCAACCCUGAACACCGAAGGCAUGAAACAGACACGGCGAUGGCAUCAGGCCCCAGCAACCUCCUCGUGCCGGCCUCGACUCGUAUUAUAUGUAUUUUAUGUGUGCCUCCUCGAUCUUGAAGCUUCUGUGCAGACGUGCGGAAGCACGCUUCGCACCCGUCGGCGCCCCUCGACCUGCAUCCUUUCGACGACGGUGACGACGACGACGGCCGCGGGCGUAGGUUAUACAUGUACGUACAUAGGCUAAGAGACACGCAUACACGCACAGCACGCACAGCACGCACAACACGCACGCACGCCCGCCUACAUGCGCACAUACACACAUACAUACAC